AUGUCUUCAACACAAGUUGCUCUAGUAGUGGGUGCCUCCCGUGGCAUUGGCCGGCAAAUUGCCAUUGAUUUAGCCCGAAACAACUACACUGUGAUGCUGGCAGCAAAGACAACGUCAGAUGCAAACAUAACACCCUUCCCACCAGAUCCCAACUCAUCACUUUCAACCAUCAACACAGUAGCGCGCGAGAUUCGCGAGGCAGGUGGCCAAGCCGGCACCGUAGCCGUGGAUGUCCGAGACGCAGCACAGAUCCAACAUGCCGUAGACGAGACGAUCCGGGAAUUCGGCAAGCUAGACGUGCUAGUCUACAACUCCGGAGCGAUCUGGUGGUCAUCAGUCGAGAACACGCCGCUGAAGCGGUUCAGACUUAUGCAGCAAGUCAACCCGGAAGGACUCUACGCGACUGUGCAGUCCGUUUUACCAGCCUUCGAAAAGAACGGAUGGAAAGGACGAAUCAUAGUGGUUUCGCCGCCUAUUUAUUCGCGGUUCUUUAGGGGGAAAACCGCUUAUGCCAUGGGCAAGGUUGGCAUGAGUGUCUUGGUCAAAGGCCUCGCCAUGGAUUUUGUGCGUCAAGGCCGGAAUGAAAUGGCGGUGACGAGUAUCUGGCCAGCAUCGUCGAUUGAGUCUGCAGCUACAGAGCAUAACAAGGCAUCUGACAAGUCGUAUAAGAAAGAUUUGAGAAAACCGACAAUCUUUUCCGAUGCCAUUUUAGCUAUGCUCAAAGCCCCUCACCGUGUGGUGAACGGACUGCUGGAUACGGACGAAGAUUUUCUUCGUGAGAAAUGCGGCGUCUCUGACUUUUCGAAGUAUUCGGUGAUUCCAGGGUCCACGCCACGCCGGAUCAUGCCGAGCCAAUUCCCGGUGCUUGAGGUUGCAGAGCAGGAUGAUGAGGGGCAGCGCAUGGACAGCACUAAAUUGCGGGCUAAGAUCUAG